CCACAACCUCAAGCUUGUGGCUCCCAUGCCCUUCCCCCACAAACGACAGCUCCUAGUGCUCGCCGCAUGUCGACUCGCCGAACCCGUAGCAUUCACGUCCGUCUUCCCCUACCUCUUCGACCAGAUUCGGAACCUGCACAUAACGGAUGAUGAAAAGAAAAUCGCAAAGUACGGCGGCUUCGUCUCCUCCGUCUUCUCACUCGGUUCUUUCCUAUCUGGACUAUCCUGGGGUCGCGCCAGUGAUAAAUAUGGUCGCAAACCCAUCAUCUUGCUAGGCCUCCUCUUCACAAUCCUCUCAAGCUUGGUCUUUGGCUUCUCCCGCAACAUCUACCAGCUCGUCGCAGCGCGCUUCGCCGCUGGCUUGCUCAAUGGAAAUGUUGGCGUUAUCAGAACAGUCGUGGCAGAACUUGUCACUGAAAAGCGCUAUCAAGCAACAGCCUUCUCCAUCAUGCCCAUCGUUUGGUCAACCGGUACCAUUUUUGGUCCAGCACUCGGUGGAUGGCUCGCUGACCCGGUGGCAACCUACCCUCAGCUUUUCAAACGCAGUCAAACACUCACGAAGCUUUUUACACGCUACAGAUAUGCGCUACCGAAUCUCGUCACUGCCUCUUUACUCUCAGUCUCAGUCACACUAGGCUGGCUCUUGAUUGAAGAAACACUCAUCACGAAACGCGGCAAGAAGGAUGCUGGUUUGCGGACAAAAAUGUGGAUCAGUCGAUAUUGCUGCUGUUGCUGUGAUACACGUAGACGCAAAACGCACUACAGGCUACCUUCCGCCAAUGCACUGGACGACGAUGCACUCCACGGACUCAUGCAUGCACGACCCUCUACGAGCGGCUCUCACGACCUCGAAGCAGCAGAUGCACGAGAAGCGCUUGAAUCACCUACAAAAUCAGAAUCUCACACGUCUGAGAAUCAGCCUCCGCCACCACUACGGCAGCUAUUCACACGGCAAGUAACACUCAAUAUAUUGGCGUAUUCAACGCUCAGCAUGCAUACUACUAGUUUCGAUCAAAUCUUCCCAAUGUUCCUCGCUACAGGCACCAGCGAUGGCGGUCUUGGUAUGACGCCUCAACGAAUCGGCGCUGCAUUGAGUCUGAUUGGCGUUUGUAGUAUGGUGCUUCAGAUUCUGGUCUUCCCACCCAUCCAGCGACGCCUCGGUUCAGCGUGGUGUCUACGUAUCUCUGCAGGAUUCUACGCACUUGUCUACCUCACAGUGCCACUCCUUCAACAACUCGCAAAGCAAAGCGAAAAGACUGUCUUUGGCGGUGUUUUGGCUUGCCUCUUUGCCGUCAAGCUCGCAGGCGUCUUUUCCUUCCCAUCGAGCGCUAUUCUCGUUACAAAUGCAGUGCGUGAACCACGACUUCUUGGCUCCGUCAAUGGUCUGAAUCAAGCACUCGGUGCAUUCACGAGAAUGCUAGGACCAGCUUUGUUCGGUGUUGUGUUGUCGUUGUCACUGGAGUAUAAGCUCAUUUACUUGGUUUGGUCGUGUUUGGCAUUGGUGUCUGCCAUCAGCUGCGUUAUUUCCUGUUUCAUUGAAGAGGAUUGGUAUAAAGAGCCUGUACAGAGUGAUGAAGAGGAAGGUCAUUUGUUGCUGCAGGAUGAGCAGAGACAUGCAUCAGAAGAGACAUUGUUGGAUGAUGAAGAGCGUGUGCGGCAUGCUAGAAGUCUUGCAGAUCGCAAGGCACAUGAUGAGGGACUAGGUAGGAAGAUGACAUGAUCAUUGUUGAAAUUUAAAGCGAUAGCAGAUAGUACAGUUG